AUGACAUCAAGAACUGCCUUACCCGCAGUCACGACCAAGACCGUUCCACAGCCUGCCCCUAAUGGCCUGGGCAACGGUCUGUUUGCGACAACCGACAUCAACCCGGGUGAAGAUGUUUUGCACAUCAAGACGCCGUUUGUGGCGGUUCUUGAUUCACCGCGUUUGGAAGAUACAUGUGCUGGCUGCUUCGGAAAAAGGCAGAUGGAAACCGGAAACGAACUCAAGGCUUGCACAGGCUGUCGUGUCGUGAAAUAUUGCGAUAGGGCGUGUCAAUCCAAAGAUUGGAAGUUUGCCCAUUCCCUUGAAUGCCCUAUCUUCAAAAAUGUCAAGCCCAUGGUGCUUCCUAACAAUGCCCGUGCUCUUCUACGUGUAGUGUUGCGUAAUGCACGUAAUAAGUAUGACUCUGAAGAGUUUAAGGUCUUUGAUGGACUAGAGACUCAUAUCAACGAGAUCUCAGAGAGUCAGGGUCUGCUUGAUCGGAUCACUCUGACUGCGAGGGCUGUCAAGAAUUACUCCGGAACGGACAUUGAAGAAGGGACUGUUUCUUCCUAUGCUGCCAAGCUGGAUUUGAACUCUUUCAAUCUCACUACCUCAAUGUAUGACCGAAUUGGCCUUUACAUGCAUCCGUAUGCUGGUUUGAUCAACCAUAGCUGCGAUUACAAUUCCACCGUUGGAUUUGACGGGGAAGAGCUCUAUGUCAAGGCUAUCCGUUCUAUCAAAAAGGAUGAGCAAAUCUUCAUAUCCUACAUCGACACAACAACACCAUACGACAUUCGUCGUAAUGAACUGAAGGAGCGCUACUUCUUCGACUGCCAGUGCGCAAAAUGCGCCAAAGGGACAGACACCCUGGAAGACCGGUUCCUGUCUACCCCUGAAGACAUGGCACCUUUGGAGACAGCAGAGCGAGAAGCCUUACAGCUCAUGCAGACAGCCACCGCAUCUGACAUAGAGCCAGCAGAUGCAAUUGAGAAGUUAGAAGCUGCUAUGCACAAGCUCCAUGAGACUGGUGCCUGGCCCCUCACUCGCCAGCCAUAUGCUUCUCUCCGUGAUAAGUUGAUUAUUUCUCUGCUUACCGCUGGCAACUUCACUCGGGCCUUCAUCCACGCUGCCAUCCGAUACCUGCGGAUUGACCCCGUUGUUUACGACAAGGCUCAUCCCAUCCGUCACAUGCAUGCUUGGAGCUUGGUCAGACUGAUGGUCUUCCUGUCCCAGGAAGGCUUUCAACCCAGCCCGAAAGACCCUGUCCAGAUCCACGACUUCAAACUGAACUUCCAUUACUUGAUUUGGUACAUUCUCGCCGAGCUCACUAGCACUCAGGCAGAGAGUUGCACCGUGCCCAGCUUUAAGAAGCUUGUUAGCAACCAGUUUGUACAGGUUCACAAUGAGUUCAAGGCUAACGGCCUGGAUCCGAGCAAGUCCAGAGCUGUUCUCUCUGCCGAGUGGAACAAGCUUGAACGUCUUGUGAAUAAGGCUCUGGAGAAAGAGUGA